GCAGGUGCCGCCGUGAGGUGUGGAAGCCGGAGGGGUUUAACAUUUAGCAGGGCGCUAAGCUAGGGUUUUAAGUGAACAGAAAAGAUGAAGCCGGUGGUGGGGACGGUGGUGUCGAAUAAGAUGCAGAAGUCGGUGGUGGUGGCGGUGGACCGCCUCUUCCACAACAAGAUCUACAACCGUUACGUCAAGCGCACUUCCAAGUUCAUGGCGCACGACGAGAAGGACGAGUGUAACAUCGGCGACCGCGUCAAAUUGGAUCCUUCCAGACCAUUGAGCAAGCAUAAGCACUGGAUUGUUUCUGAAAUUUUGAAGAGAGCAAGAAUCUACGUGCCUCCAUCUGCUGAAACCUUGGCAAAGGCAAAGGCAAACAUGAAGACUGAAGUAUCUGCCAAUGAUGAUUCAAAGAGAAAACCCGGUGUUUCAGCUCCAUCUUCAACCUAAGGUAUAUACAGCCAGGUAGCAAGGUGCCAAGGUCCAAAGAACCACACAAUUGCAUCAAGGAUGGAAGAAAAGAUCACAAAGCAUCUCUUUUGAAUAUCAAUAAAAUCCAAACUUGUACUCCGGCGAAUGCAUUCUUUGUUACAAAUUGUAUUUCUAGAUUCCAGUGCUGAAAUUAUAAUUAUGAAAAGUUGUUUCAGAUAUGUAGUUUAGUUUGGAAUUUGGAUAGUAAGAUUUUGAUGGCAUUUUUUGGCCCAUGUUUCAUUUUUGUUUUUUCAAA